UGCAAGCCGUGAAUAGACUAGAAGUUUGUGUACCGUGUCAGUGUUUGAUGCUGUGUUGGUGCGGAGACAGGCAGGAUUGUUGGCUGCGAGAGCGGUCGUUUGUUGGUGGUAGCACGUGAUAAGCGAGUGUUGGUGCGAAGGCUACGAAGUCUCAGUUUUUUUGCAAAUUCGAUUGCUUAUCCCGUAUCGAACUUAGACAUAGUGUCGGUUUUUUUCAACUCUGGUCAAUAUAUGGAUUUCGGUGAAAUCUAUUCACUCGUGUUUGCUGCUAUCGACCAUUGUUUUAUUUUCGCAUUCGGCAUACCCGUGCUCAUUCACAGUAGUGAACGUCAACUAUACGAAACCAAUAGUGUUUGUCCGGUGCCAUCAUAAGGAGAACAAUGUCUAAAAAGUGUGAUGCGAGCCCUUGUUUCUCCGGUACCGUUCGCAGUGGCAAAGUUGAGUGUGGAAAAUGUCGCAAAUCCUUCCACCUCAAGUGUGCUAGUUUGAAUAGCAACCAGCACAAAGCCGUACGCGAUUGUCCCGGAGCCUUUUGGUUUUGUCAGUUGUGCUGUAGCUCUGGAAUCCAUCAGCAUCAACCAAUACAAAACCCUACACUCGAUCUCAUUCUACUCCGUAUAACAUCUAUAAUGAAAGUGGUUGGCCUACAAAUCGAUGCCACUCGUGCUUUGUGUCGCAAUCUUUCCAACGGACCACCACGCCCCAGUAACUGCAACCAGCCUCAUAAGCAAUCCACCCAUCCCAACGCUACUGUUAACUUCGAGGAAGAGCUGAAUCGGAUGCACUUCUCAUUCUCCGAAAUCUUCAACUCACUCAUGCCUGGCGACGAUACUUCCUGCGGAAACAAACGAGACCGUACCUCAAGUUUCAACUCAUCUCGACAGCCACGGGAAGAUAAGCGACGGAGAGUUGAUGUUUCAAUCGGUACGUCUGAUUUUUCCAAUAUUAUACCAGUCCCUCUUAUAGAUGCACCUGUGGACAGCUGCGCCAUUGAUGAUAUUGCAUCUGCUGCUGCUAAUUCCGAGCUCAUACCGACUACUACUACGCUGCCGACUAACGUUAUUACUACUGCUGCACCCAUUGCCAUCGAACCUACCGCUACUGCUGUGUGCUUUACCGAAUCAACUGCUGCUAUAUCAACUGCCACUGCCACUGCAUCUGCUGCUAUUGCAUCAAAUGAUGCAUCUAAUAUCAUCGUUUUGCCUUCUCAUACCGAGACCACUGUUGCUGCCGACGCUGGUCCUGCUGCACCCACUACCGCCAUAGCCACUUCCCAUGCCACUGUUACACCUAUUUCAAUAGCUAAUACUACUGCUGCAUCUGCUAUUGCCGCUCCACCUCGUCCAUCUGCUGCCGCUGCACCACCUGCAAUUGCUCCAGUUUUCGAAACCAUUCCAUCGCUGAUUACCCCAGCAUAUGGUGCGCGUUCAUUUGCUCCCGCCGCAGCUGCCAUGCGCACUAACAGCUUCACAUCCGCUUCCCACAACGCAAAUACUGCUAACGCAACCGUAUGUUUCAACACCGGCGCCAGUGUACGUGCUGUCGUCAAUGAUCAACCCCACCGACACAGUCAACAAUUUCUACAGCAGCCCACGGUUCCCGGAUCACAGUUUGCCAUACAAAGCUUAAGUAUUCCUAAUUGUAAUUUAAUUGAACGUUCUGAGACAUUAACAAUUCCAACGCUCUCGGUUGCACCUCCCAUAAUAUCAAGAAAAUGGUUCUAUGUAACUCGAUUCCAGCCAAAUGAAACUGCUAAUAAUUUAAUCCUCUAUAUAGUAAGCAAAUCCAGGUGCGACUCAAACUUGAUUUUCUGUGUUAAGCUAGUACGCCAAGAUCGUGAACAAGAACGACCGUUAUCUUAUGUAUCUUUUAAGAUCAGUGUUCCUACUACGCUCGAGGGACUCCUCACUGUAGCAUACGCCCUUUGCCUAUGCUCGAAUAGCAAAGCGUAACAGUAUGUAACGCUUCGAAGU